UCUCUGGCAAGAGUGUACUAUGUAGUAGAACUACAAUCAACAAUUUAGUACCUCGAGAAUUAUUACAUGCAUAGGCAUAAUAUGAAGUGAUACUGUUAGUGAGAUUGUCUUGAAAAUUAUAUCACUUAAAUAACUUUGUAAACAUACUUAGGAACAAGUCCACGUUUCGUUUUUCUUUACAUAUAAAUGGCAACAUGACAAAUGUUUUGCAAGGUUCAGAAAGACGCAAGAGAAAAAGUAGCAUCAUUGUACAUCUUCUUAUAACUAUAUUUGGUAUAUCUACUUGGAUUGGUAUCAAUGGGAUAUAUGUGCAACUACCAGUGCUUAUCAGUACCUCGCCUGAAGGUUGGACUUUACCAUCUUAUCUAGUGCUGGUGGUACAAUCUGCAAAUGUUGGACCUUUGCUUUAUCUGAUUUUGCAACAUUUUCAAUGGAAGAUAAAUGAAUCUUGGUGGAUAUUAUGUCUGUUGUUUUUAGGCAGUUGCGCGAUGGGUUUUCUAACGUUUUUCCAUUCUGAGAAGACAGUUAUAAAUGGAGUUGAAUAUAGUUUGAAUUUAUUUAUUUUAACAUUCUUCAAUGCUUUAGUGGGCUGUUUUAGUUCUGUAUUAUUUAUGCCAUACCUCCGAAAUUUUAAGAAAAAUUACUUAGUAUCAUUCUUCAUUGGUGAAGGAUUAAGUGGAGUACUGCCAAGUAUAGUUGCCUUAAUUCAGGGAGUUGCAGAUAGUUCUGAAUGUACAACUUAUAAUAAGAAUACUACAGAUUCUUCUAAAAUGAAUUUAAAAUUUUCUUCGAGCGAGUAUUUUCUUUUUAUUUUUAUCGUCUUGUUUUUAUCGUUAACUGCGUUUAUCAUUUUAGAGUAUUCGUCAUUAGUACAAAGUACAACAAAUGUUGAUAAGUCUGACGAUACACUGUCUAACGAAACACCUACAUGCAUUUCUAACGAAUUGGACAAUAGGCGAAGUAUAAACCACGCAAAAGAAACUAACAAGGUCUCGGAUCUAUGUAACAAUAAUGCGAACGGCCUGAUACCGCAAAUGCAAUAUUAUUUAUUUAUACUGUUAACUAUUUGCUGCUUUUUCAGCAACGGAUUUUUUCCUAGCAUACAGUCUUACUCUUGCUUACCUUAUGGAAACAUAGCAUACAAAUUGUCAGUUACAUUUGCCCAGUUUGCAAAUCCAUUAGUUUGUUUAUUAGCAUACUGGUUUGUGGUAUCUGACGUAAAACAUAUUACUUAUUUAUCUAUAGUAUGCUUAGCUAUUGGAAGUUAUGUUACAUAUUUAGCAUUAAUGUCACCUGAUCCACCAUUGCAAGAAACAACACUGGGUGUUUUUCUAAUUGUGAUAGCAUGGACAAGUCUGGUAGCUUUUAUUUCCUACUUAAAACUGACCAUUGUAUCAGUACUUAAAAAUACAAUGCUACCAGCAAUGCUCUUAAGGGCAGGUGCAUUUAUGCAAAUAGGGUCUGCAAGUGGGGCUAUAUUUUCAUUUUUGAUAAUUAACUUUACAAAUUAUUUCAAAACAUUCAAUUGUAAUCCAUGAAAUCAUAUUGCAGUUAUGAUAUCUUUGUAUACUUUGUACGAAAACUGGUGAUUGCUAUAACAUUGUUGACAAAUCGUCUACUUAAUACAUUCAUUUGUGUACAAAAAUGUAAUUAUUACAAAUCAUGAUAAUACCAUUGUAUUAAAAAGUGAGAUACCCAGAUAUAUUUUGUUCAAAAAUAUAUUUUUGUAUUUGUACACAAGUGUUUGCAUUUACGAAUAAAGUUGCUGUAAUCAGAGAUAAAUAAACAACAUAGUAACGACAAUAUAUAAAUAUUAACCAAGUGUUACCACAAUAUAUAUGGAGAGAAAUAUUUUAAGAUAAUGCUGUACAAUCUGGUCUGAUCAUUAUCUUAUUUCUCUUUAAGUAUUGCCUUCCAAAUGCAAUGUACUUAAGAUUUUAUACACUGACUAACUUAAAAUUGCUUCUUCAUAAUGAAUGAUGGUAUCUCCUUAUUGCCAUGUAUGUAAAACAAAUGUAAAAAAUGUUACUUUGAAAAUAGUAUGUAAUAUUGUGAAUAUGAAACUAUAUUUCCUGGUGUCAGGAGCAUAUAUUUUGUAUUAUAGUUAUUAAUUACGUUUUGUCAAUUGUUGUACCAGUGAGAUAAAAGAAUUGAUUUUAAAAUUCCAAAUUGCCUGCUCUAUUAUUCUGAUAUGAAACAAUGUUGCACAUUGAUUUAUAAUUUAAUAAACUGAUUUAUUAUUUAAAAAGA